GAUCCGACAAUCGAAACGAGCACCAAACAAGGAACGUGAAUGAAUAAGUUGUUCUCAGUCGAGCAGUGUGAGUCGCAAAGCAAAGUGAUCGGAGUGUUUUGGAAUUUUUUGGAACCAAAAAAACCGGUUUUUUCGAAAAUAUUGAACCAUGGCCACUAACCGAGCAACCAAGAGCGGAUUCGCUGCCGAAGCCCAAAGAAAAGUUAAUGCCAAAUAUAGCGAAGAAUUAGCUUCGGAAAGUUUAGAAUGGAUCAAAGGCGUGACUGGGGAGAACUUGAACACUGCUGGAGACAUGGACAACUUCUACGAGGUUUUAAAGGACGGCACUAUUCUAUGCAAAUUAGCCAACGCAAUCCAGGCUGGAUCAGUAAAGAAAAUCAACACCAGUCAAAUGGCAUUUAAAUGUAUGGAAAAUAUCAAUGCGUUCCUUGAAGCGGCCAGAAACUUUGGAGUGCCAGCCCAAGAGACGUUCCAGACGGUGGACCUUUGGGAGAGACAGAACCUGAACUCUGUAGUCAUCUGUUUGCAGAGUUUAGGGCGAAAAGCUGUGAAGUAUGGAAAACCCGGCAUCGGCCCUAAAGAAGCCGAGAAGAACGAGCGAGUUUUCUCCGAGGAAAAACUGCGAGCUGGACAAACCAUCAUCGGGCUCCAAAUGGGCUCCAACAAGGGCGCCAAUCAAUCGGGAAUCAAUUUCGGCAACACCAGACAUAUGUAAAUAAUGCAACGAAAUACCUUUAUGUAAUUGUAAGUCAAUAUUCGAACGUGUUUUGUUCGGAAUCGAAAAAACUCUCUUGUAAUCGACUGUUAUCCGUAGAUGACUUAGUAACGUCGCUGCUGUUCUCUAAGGGUAUAUUUAUGAAAGUUAUGUAUAAGUUACAUAUAUAAAUACGUGUUUUCUUUGUCAUUUUACCUUUGGAAAUGAUUCUUUAUAUAUUUUAUAUAAUUUUGAAUGGUUUUUUCCUGAGGCCGCUACCUCAACUACGACAUUCCACACAAUGUCUGAUUGCACGAUCUGUUUUCUCAUUUUUAUAAGGGAUAUUUUAAUAUUAUUUAUUUUUGUUGGUGGCUUUGACAAAACGAUUGUGCCUACUCGAAAUAUGUUUAAAAAUUACUAUUGGAACUGUUGAAAACUUUAGCCUUAAUGGUAUAGUUACAUGUAUUCGCGUGUUUCUCCUGUAGGACCAAGCUCUUGACUAGAAGAAAUAAACUAUUAUUUUUUUCUAA